GAGCCGCGGAUGGGCAGGGCGGGCCGCUGCCACCGCCUCCCGUCCCGCCCGCAGGCAGGAGCGGCCCCGGGGCCGCGGGGCGGAGCGGGCGCAGGUGCGGGGCGGCCCGGGGGACGGGACGCGCCCGCGUCGCCCGCCGGGCUCGGGGCGGGGAUGGCAGCCUCGGCUGCUUGAAAGCGCUCGGCCGCUCCCCCCGCGCCGCUGCCGCCGAUGGCUGAAGCGCGGAGGCUGGAGGAGGAGGAGGAGGAGCUGCGGGAGCUCGGGAGGAGGCACCGCAGGGUCGCGGCGGCAGAUCGCUCUGAAAGAAAUAAACCAGACUGCCGCUCUUCAGGCCAAGGACCCUUGUCAUCCAUAAGAGCAGCGAUCAAGAGAUCUUCUCGGACCUCUAGCCAUAGCGAACAGCAGAGGGAUAGAAGGCGUCCUGAAAUCACAAUAGUUGCUGCUGAACCCCUCCGGCCGUCAUCCUGGUUUCCGGGUGCAAGCCCUGUCACUCCUCAGGGACUGGGAUUCCCUUCUGCUUCAUCUCAUGCUCAGUGGAGGAGAAAUGAGCAUAUUCCAGCUGAGCUUCCACCGUCAUAUGAGCAGGUGAUAAAAGAAAUCAAUCAAGUGCAAGUGAAUACAACAAAUAACAAUAAUGCUGCUGCUUCUAGACAUACCACUAAUUCUGCAACACAGACUGACUUUCCAGAGGAACUAAUCAACCAUUUGCCGGGAAGUAAUGUAAAACCUAGUGUGCCUACACACUGGGAAUCUGCAGGCUAUCCAGCAGGGCAGAGUCCUCUUAAACCUCCUAGGCCUUCUGCAUCUCUCCUCAAUAGGUCUCCUCCAGAAAAUGAGAAUCCUUUAGUAGUCUUUGAAAUUUCUGAAGGUCAAAGGUGCCAAGAAAAUCCCAAUCCUGUGAUAUGUCCUGUGCCAAAGCCAAGAUCGAGAAGCAAUCUCAGACCUGUGGUCAAAAAUGCUGAAAGGAAGAUAGAUGAUGGAGAAGAAGUGAACCAGUCUACCACAAAAAGGCAACAACCACCAAUUCAGGAGUCACCUCUCUUUGAUGACAGAUUACUGCACAAUCACUUGGCAAUGGACAGCAUGAGUACAGAAAAGAGCCAAAAUAGUAUUGUUUCAAGAAUCAAAGUUUUUGAAUCCCAAGGAACUAAUGAUACCUCAGGAUUAUCAAAAAAGCCAGAAAUUGUCCCUCGUUCAUUCACCCCGAGAUCUGUUACUGCAAAGAAGCCAGUAGUUGCUCCAAAGCCGGAGUUAAGCAGAAUUUCAGGAGACUGGGAUGUGUGGACAGAAAGCAAAUCAACACCUUCCAAGGAACUGCGGCCUCAGCCUGAAGUAGUUGGGAGCAGUGUUGUAACCAAACCUGAACUGCCAAAGAAGCCAAAACCUGGCCUUGAUAGAAGUAGUAGUAGUGAUUUUCUUGAUGCAAGGAGUGGAUCAGUUGUAGAGAACAGCGAAGGACAAAAAAAUUUUCCUGUUCCUGCUCCAAGGCCUCUUGUUUCUAAAAAGUCACGUUACACAGAAAAUCCUGCCCUUCCCUUGGACUCACUAAAACCAAUUACUGCUCCCCCACGGGCUUCCAUAUCUGCACAAGAAAAAGUUUUAAAGUCUCUGGGGGAAUCAUCACUUGCAGCCAACUCCUCAGCACCUGCUUUGCAAAAUAAACUAGAUGUGGAAGGAGAUCUGAUCAGUUUUGAUGACGACGUUUUGCCUCUAAGUCCAACUUGUGUAGUUAAAGAUAGCAUCAGUUCUGAAGCAGCAGCAGAUCCUUUUCAGUUCCUCAGCAAAAGUGAACCUGCAAAGGAACAGACAGCUCAACCAGCUUUAGCCCGUAAACCCACUGUCAUCCGAAUCCCAGCUAAACCCGGGAAACCUUUAAAUGAAAUCCCACAUAGUCCUCCACCACUUCCUGCUGAAAAGCCUAUUGGGAACACGUCCAAUAUCAUGGUGGGAAAACCAAACAGUGCCAAUCUAGUAAAAAAAGUGGAGUUGGAUCAUUCAGAACAGGGUGGAGUGCCUCAGCCAGAACCUUUACUACCCCCAAGGCCUGUGGAUGGAAAAGUUUUACCUGCUCGACCUCCCCCACCUAAAGGUGUUCCUGGAAGGCCACCUCCACCAAAACUUUCUGCAGCCAAGACCUCCUCUCAGAAGGAUGCUCUUCCACGAUCUACUUCUGACGUUGGUCCUGAUAAAAAAACCAGCAAAUUCAGAUUGGGGCCCAAGAGAACAAAAAGUCAAGUCUUUAAAAAUCCAGAUCCAGCGUUACCUCCUAGACCUAAACCGGGUCAUCCUCUCUACAAUAAAUACAUGCUGCCUCAUGGAGUUGCCAAGGAAGAUUGUCUUCCCAGGAACCCUGGAGAACUGUCAUGUAAGGAUUCAAACCGCCCUCCGAAAGUUUCUGGCACAAGUGCACCUCAUGCUGUAGCCCUGCACGAUUUUCCUGCAGAGCAUGCUGAUGACUUGGACCUUCAUUCUGGAGACAUCGUUUGUCUUUUGGAGAAAAUUGAUACCGAAUGGUACAGAGGAAAAUGUGGGAAUCGCACAGGGAUAUUUCCUGCCAGCUUUGUUAAAGUAGUUAUUGAUGUUCCAGAAGACGGCAACGGGAAAAACGUACCCUCUUCAUCACGAUGUAUUAAAGGCCCAAGAUGUGUAGCACGAUUUGAAUAUAUUGGAGAUCAGAAUGAUGAGCUCAGUUUUUCAGAAGGCGAAACUAUUAUCCUUAAAGAAUAUGUAAAUGAAGAGUGGGCCAAGGGAGAGCUCAGGGGCACAUCUGGAAUUUUCCCCUUGAACUUUGUGGAAGUCAUUGAAGAUCUGCCUGGAACAGGUACAGGAGCAGCGCUGAAGAACAAGGUGGAGUUUUCUUCUUCCCUUGCUCAGAACAACAGACGCUCAGUAGAAUGGUGUGAGGCACUUCAUGAUUUUACAGCAGAAACCAAAGAUGAUUUGUCCUUUAAAAAGGGAGACUACAUCCAAAUACUGGAACAAGUAGAUUCGGAGUGGUAUAGAGGAAGACUGAAUGAGAAGGAAGGGAUUUUCCCAGCAGUUUUUGUUCAGACCUGCACAGCCAGGGUAGAUGUGCCACAGUCUGUAGGAGGGAAGAAAGGAAAAGCCAAAGCUCUUUAUGAUUUUCAUGGAGAAAAUGAAGAUGAGCUUUCCUUCAAAGCAGGUGAUACAAUAACAGAGCUGGAAUCUGUAGACGAGGACUGGAUGAGUGGGGAGAUACAAGGAAAGUCUGGGAUAUUUCCCAAGAACUUUGUUCGGAUUUUAAGAACGCCAUGAAGCAUUGCCUCUCUUCACACUCCCUGUAUGUUGGAGGGAAAGUUUUCUAUCCUAAAGGCACAGCAAAGACAUCAGCGUGUUUUGACUAUCAAUCUUUUGCACUACUUUUUCUAGACAGUUGUACUAGUAUCUUGAAUAUUAGUCUUUUGUGAUGUGUAUGUAGUCAUGCUUCAUGGCCACUCUGACAGCAAAUACAAGUAGGACUUUUAGCAGUUUCCGACUACGGAAAUACUGUGGUGAAACGCCAUUUUAACUUAAACAGCAUUCUAGUAUCUUUACUAUCUGGUAUUAGUUAUGCACAAGGUCUGUAUAAAGUAAGCUUCUUUGGAUUUCUUUAAAACCUUUUUAAAAUCCUGAUUUAAAAUUUGUUUUUAAGAUAUAAUUACAACACUCAGUACGUAGAUCAGGUUUGAUAUUUGGGUUUCAUUACUGCUUGACUUCCAUAUUAGCAGUAGAAUCCACUUUUUUUAUGACUUAGAGGGUAAGGAAGAUAACUGAUAUUUCAUAGCAGAAAAAAAUAAAAUCUGAUACUGGUAAGAGGGAAAACUCUGAAGCAAAUCCUUGUGUAGUAUUCUUCUAUUCUUAGCCCAGGCUGCUCAUAUGGGAAGAUCAUAACAGUAUUUUGCCUCCUUUCCAACCCCAGAUCCUUUCCAGAUACAGGUUUCGGUUUUUCUACUGCCCACUGUUCUUCGAGCACCACUGUACCCUUCUUUCCCAGCUGAAGUUAGCUGCGACAGACAGCGUUUACUGAGCUUUCUCAGAUCCCCUCCAUGCGGUAGCUACAGUAUUCUAACUAUUUGCCCCUCCACCCCCUUCACCUAAGUGGAAAGCCAGUCUUCACUCGGUCUGCGUUUCAUUUGUCACUAAAGUGCUGGAACAUAAUUCAGUAACACUAUUCCUAUCCUUAACAUGAAAGAUAUUAUCCAGUCUCGGUUUUAGCUUUCAGCAGACAUGGGAUUAGUUUCCAGUUUAUUACCACAUACCAACUAUACUGAGCAUCAUUAUAAAUGGUCUGUUGAGGCCUUAAGGAAAACACACCCGGCGAGAGGUUACUGCAAGAAGCUCUAACAGCAGCAUUUAAUAAAAAUCAGCAGCGUGACUUGAACAACAAACUAAGACAGACAUGACUGAGGUAGCUUCAUGUUAUAGGAACUUCUGGUAGCAAAUUCCUUUUUGCAGCACUUGGCUUCUGAGAGAACAGUUAAAUGCAUUUGAUUAACUGCUAAAUUCAUCAGACCAGGAUAGAGAAUUACAGUGCAGCUGGCUCUUUUAGUGCUGACAGCAUUCCAUCACUUUUGUACUACAUAACAAAAAGCAACCAGUAAACUGUUUGCAUGAGUCAUUCCUUCAGAGAAUCGGGUCUCUGAUGGGUCACGCAAUUAUGGAUGGAAACACAACAAUUUAUACAGCUAUUAUUUUGUUUUACCAUCCCCAACAAGACUAUCCAGAACUCCUGUGGAAUCAAACUUAAAUGUCAGUCCACCUCGAGGACAAUCUUUCCCACUCUCCAAGCACCCCUGCCAGAUGCCAAAGGUUCUACCUGUUUACUCCAACAGAACAGUCAUCUCAUUCUAGACAAUUCCAAGGAAAUAAGUAUAUAGGCAGAUAGCUUUCCUGACUCCUGCAAGCAGACUCAGGAGUUUUCAGCCAUAAACUUCCAGUGGAUCACCCUAUUAAAAGAGGCUUCUUCCUCCGUGACCUGUGCCAACAGAAUUCCUGAACCUCCAGUCAGCAUAGCAAGGAAACAGCAGAACCACACCAACAAACACUACCCAGGCCCUCCAAAGACCUACCACGUCAUUGUGGUGGCGAAGAAGGCUUAAGCGUACAUUGUUUACUUACUGUUUGUCUGACCAUUUUCUAAGAUUUUGAUACAAGUCUCAAAGUAGAAGCAAAUUUUUAUAUUUUUUUUCAAUUUCUUCUUCACCGUUUUUAUAACUGCGUAUGGACCAGUUGUUUUCAUAACUUCCACUGAAUGUUUAAAGUCAGUGCCUGUCAGAAGGUAAGACCACUCUGCUUUGCUUUAAUCAUCUCCUCCCUAUUAUGCAGGGCAGGAAGAGCAGCAAAGCCUUAUAUUCAGAGCAAGGAGUGCCAUCUAAAGGCUGCUUGCAGUACUGCAGGCAGCUAAAAGUGAUUGAAACUGAAACAAGUUAGAUGCUUGGCUUUUACUGGAAGGGAUUUCCUUAAGACUUUAUGCCUAGGAUCACCAUGAAACCGCACAUGGAUCAUAAGAUAAAACCCUAAGGUGCAGUGUACGUAAUCUGCACAAAACCAAGAAUGAAGUGGAACAGAAGUCCUAACUGCAAUAGAGUAGCAAAUUUCAGCUGUAACCUUGAGGUUCAUACAUUAGUAUGAUAAUAAAAGCCUCACCAUCCUCUUCAGGAAGAGGUCUUUGUUCUGUGUACAAUUAACAGUGUCCUAAACAAAUCUUAAUGUUAAGUCCAGUAAGUUUGUUAUGGUACCUCUGUAAAUUAAGAAUGUAUUUAACCAAUAAAAUUUUAUAAUUAA